GAGACGGUGUAGUGGAUGGAGGUGGGGAGGUGGACACUGCCACUCCAGGAGAUCCUCACUCCUGUGGCGUUCACUGGGAGGAAACUGACCCCAGCUGGACUAUCUGUGGGGAUGACAUUAAAAUUAGCAUUCAUCACACCUGAAAAACCAUGUGAUGCCAAGAGAAAAAAGAUGGAGCUCUGGACAGCUGUUUCGGGCUUGUUGGCACUCAUCAGCAGAGCAUACCACAACUUCUCUCUCUAGCAUCACUGAGUUUAUAAAGGCUGACAUGAGCACAGCACUUGUGGUUCUGAACUAAUGAGAUUCAUCCACACAAGGCUUUGCCACUGGUAUGUGCUGAUGACCAUGCCCAGACAUUCAUUGUUUGGAGUCUAGGCCCCUCCCCACUCCUGCUCAUACACAUCAAAAUUUAUUCCCCUCAGACACUCUAAUUUUAAAUGUCUAACACCAUAUUUUUAUCUUUAC